AUGGCAAAGUGUGAAGCAUGCGGCCGCUACCUUUCGGUGACAGAUGGCGCUACCUGUGGCAAAUGUGAUGCCACAUAUCAUCGAGGCUGCCUUAACUUAUCUGAAAAGACAAAGAUAUCAACUUCCUGGAUGUGCCCAACUUGUAAGAGUAAAGUUCCUCGUGCUGGGGACAAUUCUAAUACACCGGUAAAGUGUCAGGAUGUUGGAGAUAAUAGUCCCGUCUACAAAGACAUUGACAUAGGCCUAGAAAUACGCCUGUUACGUAAUGAGCUCAGUGAAAUGCGCAAUGAGCUGAAGGAUAUCAGGGACAAUUUCGCCAUGUUAAGGGAUACAAUGCUCGUGUGUAAUAAAAAUUUGGAAGAAAUUGACACUAGGGUCACCAAGUUGGAGAACCGAAUGGAAGAACGUGAGCACAAAUGUAAGUCCAUGGAGCUUGAGAACACAAUAGCAGAAUUAAGGAUCCAACUAAGCGAGAGGGAUCAGGAUCUGUUAGCCAAUGACUUAGAAAUCUCAGGUCUACCGGAACAAAAGGGGGGAAGUAGCGAUUAA